AUGCGAAGGCUGGUAGGCUGGUUGGAUUGUUCGAGAUACAGAGGAACGUAUUUGGGAUCAGGUCAAGCUGAAGCAAAGAAGGUCUCGAGUGCCAUUGAAGCAGAGUUUCAAGCUUUAAUUAUCUCAAUGCAGAAUUGCUGGUGUCAAGGUUAUCGUCAUAUCAUAUUUGAGGGUGAUAGCAGGAACGUGGUGGAUUUGGUCAAUAAGUCAUCACUAAAUUUCGGGUUAUUCAAUUGGAUAAGGGAGGUUUGGAGUUGGAUGUCCAAGUUUGAAGAUAUUUCUUUUACUUGGGUGCCAAGGGAAGGAAACAAGGCUGCUGAUUUGUUGGCGACGAGAAAUCUCACAAACCAUUCAAACUUUAUCUAUCAUUCUUAUGUUCCUGAAUUUCUAUCGUAUAUAUUACACUGUGAGUUUAUUUCGUCAAGUUAA